UGCCUUAAUCCACUGAUCAAGGCCAGGGAUCGAACCUGCAUCCUCAUGGAUAUUACCUGGGUUCUUAACCCACUGAGCCACAACAGGAACUGCUAAAAAUAAUUUUUAAAAGGAACCCAAAGUAUGUACCGUUAGGUAGACAUAUAUGAACUAAGGGAUAAACACAGGAACUGAGCCACAUAGAAACAUGCCUGCCUCCCCUCCCAGGAAUGCUUCCCUGACCCAGAUAAAGUCCUGUUCUCCCCCUUAACAAAUCCAGAGAUAAAGGCCCUGCCACCUUGGCUACCCCACAGCUCAUUUCCCUCCCACCGUCUCGCUCUGCUUACUCACACACCCCUGCCCCUCACCCCAGGGAUGGGCCUUCUUAGAGUACCUGGUGCUCUGGUGUCUGCCCCUGCCCCUGGGGUGGGAUGGAGUGGCCCAGCCUUUUUGCUCUCGGCCCACGGCUCUCCCCUGCCUGUCCUGAGCCCAUCACUUCCAGGUGCCCCAGCCCUAGCUUCACUCGCUUUACUCCCAGGGCCCAGCUUGAUGCAGGGAGCCUCCAACCACACCCCCCUCUCGCCUCCUCUGUGCAUAUGUUGAGCCUCGUGUGAAGCUCUAUGGGCAUAGAGAAACCCGGGUCUGGUCUGAACAGGAUCACAGGCCAGCUAGAGCAAGUGCAGUCAGUACUAAGCAAGGUCUCCUGCUGUCCCCGUCAUCCUCAUUGGAACUUGUCCCUCCAUAGAAAGGUGGUGCCUCAGGCUGGCACCAUACACCCUUGUGACCACUUCUGCCUGGCCUCCCUUCCUCACCAGCUGCCAUCUGCUGACUCCUCUCCAGCACGAAGCCUCCCCACCCAUGCUCCUGAGGACUCUGGGACUAAGGCCCUUGUUGGGGGCAGAGAACAGAAGCUUGCCUGCCCUGUCUGCCUCCAGAGCUUGAAGUCCCUUACCCCCAUCCUCUCAAAAAGCUUUCUCACUAACCAUUUAAUACUCGACUCCUGAGGAGGCGGGGAAGACUGGGGUCUGGCCGCAGAUCAAGAGCUUCCCUGGAGUUAGGGCUGUUGGGAACACAGCCAUCUGAAGAGCAUUUUUCACUGGGACUCUGGAAGGUCAGGGUUUGGAGGAAACUUGCGAGGAGCCUGGUGGGGAUGGGGCAGGUGGUGCCGGGGUGGGGCAGAGCAGGCGGGGGGGAAGGAGUAUGUGCUAAGGGCCUGCUAUUUCCCUGGACGGGCGAGUCCCAACAGCAGGCAGACAGGUGAGGCUGACCCGACAGGUUCCAGAGGCCAGGGGCAAUGGGGCGGAGCAUGGCUCUGACUUAGGGUAACAACAGGCUGCGGGCCCUGCCACACACACAGCAGGCCGGCAGGAGGCUGUUCUGCUGGAAUCUUCCUGCUGCCGGCAGCCCAGGGUGCAAGACCAUGGAGCCUGCUGGAGGGUGAGGGGAGCCGGUGGGCAGACAUAUUCAGAGGCCCAGGGCCUGGGGGUCUGGGUGCUGAGGGCAUGGCGGGGCCCCUGCGGGGCCGAGUGGAGGAGCUGAAGCGGCCCUGGUGGCGGGAGAGCUCACCCCUGGUGCUGCAGCACAGUGAGGCGGCCCGGCUGGCGGCCGACGCCCUCCUGGAACGGGGCGAAGCUGCCUACCUGCGGGUCAUCUCCGAGGAGCGGGAGCUGCCCUUCCUGAGUGCUCUGGACAUGGACUACAUGACCAGCCAUGUGCGUGGGGGCCCAGAGCUCAGCGAGGCCCAGGGACCAGAGGCCUCGGGGCCUGACCGCCUCAGCCUGCUCUCCGAAGUCACCUCGGGCACUUACUUCCCCAUGGCGUCCGACACAGACCCCCCAGACCUGGACUUGGGCUGGCCAGAGGUUCCACAGGCCACAGGCUUUAGCCCCACCCAGGCUGUGGUCCACUUCCAGCGGGACAAGGCCAAGAGCAUCAAGGACCUUCUGCGUUUCCUCUUCAGCCAGGCCCGCACGGUGAUAGCUGUGGUGAUGGACAUAUUCACCGAUAUGGAACUUCUCUGUGACCUCAUGGAGGCCUCAAGCCGGCGUGGUGUCCCCGUCUACCUGCUCCUGGCUCAGGAGCACCUGAGGCACUUCCUGGAGAUGUGCUACAAGAUGGACCUCAAUGGAGGGCACCUGCCGAACAUGCGUGUGCGGAGCACGUGUGGGGACACAUACUGCAGCAAGGCAGGCCGCCGCUUCACGGGACAGACCCUGGAGAAGUUCAUCAUCAUUGACUGUGAGCAGGUGGUGGCGGGCAGCUACAGCUUCACCUGGCUUUGCAGUCAGGCCCACACUAGCAUGGUGCUACAGCUGAGGGGCCGCAUCGUGGAAGACUUUGACCGGGAGUUCCGCUGUCUUUAUGCCGAGUCAAGGCCCGUGGAGGGCUUCUGUGGAGGCGAAGAUGCCCUCUCUCCCAGGGCACCGUGCCCUCGCCCAGUGGCCCUGGCCUUCAGGCCUGGCAUUCCCAGCACAUCCUCGUCGCCCUCCAGCACCAGCCUCAGUAGCAUCAAGCGCUCCCCUCACGUAGGCCACUCCUCCUUUCUCGCUCUGCCAGGAGGCGGUGGCAGCAGUGACACGGGUAUGGGAUCCUCAUCCCUGGGCUCUGCCCACUGUGAGGCCAAUGGCCAGCCAGCCCUGCAACGCCAGCUGUCAGACGCUAACCAUGGCCCCCUCCUAGGGCCCUACAGGGCCAACCUGGGCAAGCUGGGGGCGUUCCCAUGGUCCCAGUCCUCCCCUGCCCUCAACCACGAUAGCACUAGCCCCGUGAAUCUGGCAGGGGGGUCACCUCUGCUUGUUCGCCCUCGUCCCCUCCUCCUGUUUCCCCGGGCUGUCCCACCUCUGUCCCGACUCCCAGAGAACGGGGUCCCAGGUAGCCAGGAACCUAGCCCCCCACGAGGCCGCUGGGUACCAGGCUCAGCCCUGGAGGCAGUAGAGGAGAAUAAGGUGUCUCUGAGUCAGAGCCAUGGCCGGCUGGAUCUUCUCGUCCCCUUCUCCAGAGGACGAGAGGCAGGAGGCCCUGAUUCUGGGGCGACCCCCAACUCAGGUUACCUGUGUCCUGGUGAGCAGGUCCUAGAGGACAGGCGGUUGGCCCCAAAUCAGAGAUACAACCAGCUGGAUCUUCUGCCCCAGGCCCAGGGUGCUGGGGGUGUCCCUGAGUCAGGUGACCCCCGACCUGGCCAUCAGACCUCAGAGGACAAGAGACUGUCCCCAAACCACAGCCAUGGCCAAUUGGACCUCCUGGUACAGUCCUCCAAGGCUGGGGACUCCAGAGUAACCCCAGAAGCCAACUCCUCAGCCAGGACGGGCAAGCAGGGUCCAGACGAGCGACGACAGACCCUGGGCCACAGCCACCUGGACCUCAUCACAAAGUUUGGCCCAUUCCGGGGCGAGGGUCCUGGGCCCAAUGAUGUCCCCAGACCAAGCCCUGCUCGAAAGGCUGGAGUGGACUCUGGGGAUGAGAAGCGGCUGACUCUGGGCCACAGCAAGCUGGACCUCAUCACCAAGUAUCAUCAAUUGCAGGGCACCAGGCAGGGACCUGAGCCUGGCCUCCUACGGGGCCCCACAGGUGGCCAUCACAAUGGCAAUAGCAACGGCCUGUCUGAGAAUGAGAAACGGUUGACCCUGGGCCACAGCAAACUGGACCUCAUCACUAAGUACAACAAGUCCAAGUUCAAGCUGCUCCGAAGCCGCUUUGAGUCCUAGUCCUGCUCCUAGAAAGGACCUAACUGUCCUCCAUCUACUGAAACUCUAGUUUUGCUCAGGUCCCAGAAUCAUGGGUAGGAGCUUGGGCAGGGGCUGUAUGGGGAGGAGAGGGAAUCUAGAAGCCCAGGUUAGCUAUUCCCUCAGCUCAGGAUUCUUGCCCACACGCACAUGCACACACACAGGGAAACAGAAGCCACGGUUACUUGGCACCUGCCAUUUGUCACUAUGCUGGGCACAUCACAUCAUUACAUCUUAUCCUUCAUCCUCACAACACCCGACAAGAUAGACAUCUAGUAGUUAUACAAUUCUAGGAUCAUAAGUAUUAUCUUCCCUAUAUUAUAAAUAAAUAUGGAGGCUGAGACCCAGCCAGUUUGAUGACUUACUUGGAAUCAGGUCCAGGUAAGUGGCAGGGGCUCAAACCUGUGUCUCUGACUCUUAAUUUCUUAUGACUGUGUUUCUGCAGAGACAGGACACACAAUAUCAACAGUUCACAUGUCCCCAUGCACUUGAAAUCCAUAUACCAUAGAGAUACCUCCAAAUGCCUGCACAAUAUAUACAGCACACUGACAGGAUGCACAGCCACAAACUGCACACCCACCAAUGCAGUCCCUGCAAUAAACCAAAACACUCAGGAUUCUAGUUAUAGGUACUCAGUAAAUGCCAUUCGGCUAAAUAAAUGGCUACAUUCCGUGCACACCAUAGAUCAUUCGGGAUCCAUCGACCAUAAAUAUGCACAUAACCACACACACAAACAAGCGUGCAUGCACCAACCAGUGUCUCUUUGUAAGCUGUGUAUCCAGUCCUAUGCUGUCAUACCAUAAGGCUGACAAAAGCAUCAGAUUCAGUCCCUGGGAGACAAGGAUUAAAUGCAUAAACCAUUGGUGAGCAAGACAGAGCUGUAACUAAUUAAAAGCUAACCAGUGACAGAAGGUGGUAGAGAAAGGAGGGCAAAGAGUAGUGGUGAUGAUGGAGUGGUGAGAAAGUUUCUUAGAAGAGGCAGCUUUUGAGCCAAGCCUUGCAGGGUGGGAAGAAUUUGGACAGAUGGAGGUGAGGGUUAGCAGAACUCCUGGUAGAAGUAACCAGGUGAAGAGAGGCCUGGGAGAGGACUGAGGGAGUGGGUCUGAGAUGAACUGGGGAGGAUGGGGAGGUCGUGGAUACUCAGAGUCUGACACACACACACACACACACACACACACACACACACACACACACCAUUUUGCUGAGUGUCCCUAGAAAUAUAGGCUCCCUCAGAUAGGGUCCUUUUCCUGAGCUUGCCACCUGCCGGGGACUGUAUAUGUGAUACAAAUCAAUAAAAGUGGACAUGCUAUGACCCAGUCGCAGCCUAGUGUAUCCUGAGGAAGGCGUAGUUAUAAAACUGCAGGCUGGGGACUGGGGAAGGGCAUCAUCCAAGGAGGGCUCCCAGAUGGAGGAGAGUGGAUGGCUGCAGACGGCUGGGG